AUGACCUCUAAAUUUCAAUGGGGUCUAAAUGAGAAGAUGUCUCGGGAGAUGUCAAAUUGCGACAUCCGAGAGUUUAGUAGAUUCGUGAACCAAUGCCGGAAAGUGGAAGAAGUUUAUGGUGUGCCGAAAAGUAAGAAGUCUUCCAAGGCACAAGCAUCUGGUGCUAGUGGAGCAACUGGCUCUACUUUAGAAAAGAGUAAGAAAAUGGAUGAAAAGAAGAAAUUACAAGCUAAACAAUCUGAGGAAAAGUUUAAGAGAAGCGGGAGUCAACAGAGUUGGGACAAUGAAAGACCUCUUGUGCCCCAGUGUGACAACUGUGGGAGGCAUCACAAGGGCGUUUGUUUGAUGGGCCAGAACGUAUGUUUUAAGUGUGGUAGACCUGGUCACUAUGCGAGGGAUUGUCCCCAGAUUGUGGGACGAGUUGCUCAUGUGCAAGUGGCCUCUGAUCUUCCAGCAGCGGCACAUGUUAGCACUUCGACCCAACCCCAGCUAGAGAGGUUCCCAUACUUGAUGGGAGGUAUGACGCAUGUAGAUUAA